AUAUUUUUCCCUUCGAUUACUUCCUCAUAUGUCAUAAUCUUUGAUUUAUGAGAAACCAUAUGUCAUAAUCUUAAACUUUUGUAAUUUGGUGUACCAAUAAUGCCGCCAUAUAUUCACCGCUUCAUCAUGAAUAAAAUUUAGUCACGUCUACCCUAUUUGUCUCAACACACCUUCCUCCAUUUCUCACUUUCUCUCUAUACUUCAAACACUACAACAUGUUACUAAGAACCUAUAGUGCACCAAUUCACUCUUCUCAUGAACCACAACAAAAUCACCACCACCUUCCUAAAACACUUGCAACAGGCCCUUCAAAAACCAAGAACAAAAGCUUCGCAUCACGUAGUAGUCUUGUUAAGAAUCCUCGUCAGAAUCAAAAUAUAGUGGAACAAGAACAAGUACUUUUUUCAAGGUAUAGUUUGAAUAAGCAAGUUUUGGAUCGUGAAGAGGGUGGUAAGAAAGUUGGAAAGUUGCAAACUUUAGUAAUGGGUGAUGGUGGAAUGGGAUGUGAUGAUGGUGGAAGGAUUUGUGGUGGUGGAAAUGGAAAUGGAAAUGGGUGGGAGAAUAAUUACGGUAGAGAUGAAACCGAUGCUUAUUAUCAAAACAUGAUUGAAGCAAAUCCAAAUAAUUACCUUUUACUUGGAAAUUAUGCUAAGUUUUUGAAAGAGGUUUGUGGAGAUUAUGGUAAAGCAGAGGAGUAUGUUGAAAGAGCCAUUUUGGCUAACCCUAGUUAUGCUGAUGCUUUAUCACUAUAUGCAAAUAUAAUAUGGCAAAGAGAGAAGAAUGCUGAUAGAGCUGAAGCAUAUUUUGAUCAAGCUGUUAAAAGUGAUCCAAAUGAUUGCUAUGUGUUGGCUUCAUAUGCUAAAUUUCUAUGGGAUAGUGAAGAAGAUGAAGAUGAAGAUGAAGAUAAUGAUUGGCAACAUAAGAACCAUACAUAUUCACCUGCAGUUUCUAAAAUCUAACCUCUUUAUAGUUGUAAAUAGCUAAUGUUAUGUCAUAAAUAAGAGAAUGCAUUAUUGUUUCUGUUGCAUAUUUUGAGAGUAUGAAAUUUUGGUAGAAAUAAAUGAAUACUCAAUAAGUCUCUUUCUA